GACGAUGUUUUAUUCUCGUUCGUCGAAUCCGAGUUUUCACAUAUCACAUCAGAUUUGGUUGAACAAAACAAUGCAAAACUAAAAACGCAUGUGCCUAAUUAAUAAAAAUCUAAUAUCAAUAAAUAUCAAUCAUAUUUGGUCCCAAAGUGUGUUUUUCAAAUAAAACAAAAAUGGGUAAAAAAGGACAACUUAAACGCCUGCAAUCACAACGGUCGGCCCAACUCAAGCGAAUGAUUAAAACGACCGACAGUCGUCUGAAACAGGACGAUCGCUCCAAACCAAAAGAGAAAAAAACAUCUGAAACAGAACUAAAAUUGAUGGAGAAGCCCCAGGUCAGCUCAGCCAUGUUCUUCCAGUACAACACGCAGCUAGGACCUCCGUACCACAUUUUGGUCGAUACCAAUUUUGUCAACUUCAGUAUCAAAAACAAGCUGGACAUUAUAAAAACCAUGAUGGAUUGCCUGUACGCCAAGUGUAUCCCGUACGUGACGGAUUGUGUCGUGGGUGAACUGGAGAAGCUUGGGCCCAAGUUCAAGUUGGCACUAAGGAUUAUUAAGGAUGAACGCUUCGAGCGGAUCCACUGCAUGCACCGGGGGACAUACGCCGACGAUUGCCUGGUGCAGCGAGUGACCCAGCACAAGUGUUACAUUGUCGCCACCAACGAUAAAGACCUGAAGCGGAGAAUCCGGAAAAUACCGGGCGUUCCGAUUAUGAACGUUGCGCUCAAUCGAUACGUUAUCGAGCGUAUGCCGGAUGCGUUCGAACCGAUGGCGAAGAAAUAAAAUUAUGUUUAAGAAAAA